UUAAGUAGUUAUAAUUUUUUUCCUUUUUACUAUUCCGGCACCUUGUGAUGGAGCAGACCAUGUUCUUGUUAAGCAAGAAAGAUACGGUGAUGAAAUACGGUCGUGGAUCACACGCACCCAACAGAGGCACCAAAUUCGCUUCACCGUUAUCAACUUCGUAGCUCACUUCACUUUCCUAUUCUCGACAGAGAAUAUGGUGCUUCCCGUGGUGAAGCUGGCAACACUCGCUCUCAAAACCGCGUGUAAACCAAUCGCCAACAGGCUCAAGAAGGAGGCCGGUUACCACCCCAAGUUCCGCAGCUUCAUCAUCGCCAUUGCCCAGGCCAAUCACAGAUUGACGACGACAGUGCAGAGAAGAAUCUAUGGUCGUGCCACUGAUGUUGCAAUCCGUCCUUUGAACGAGGAGAGGGCUGUGCAAGUUGCUGCCGAUUUGCUCGGAGAACUCUUCGUGUUCUCGGUUGCUGGAGCUGCUAUCAUUUUUGAGGUGCAAAGAAGUUCAAGAUCAGAAGCAAGAAAAGAAGAAAUACGUAGACAGGAAAUACAGGCAAUAAAGACGAGGAAUGAAGAGUUGGCUAGAGAAAUUGAACUUCUUGCACACAAACUUGAAGAGCUGGAACAGCUUUCUAGAGCCCGAGGAUUAUUUAGCACUCUUAACUUCGGACCCACUCAUGUCUCCGAAAAUAGAAAAUCCAAUUGAUUGUUGCAAUUCAACAUUGACCACAGAUUUUGUUUAACAAACCAUUGCUCUUGGUUUGCAAAGAAACAUAACUGAUAAAAUAGCAGAGCAUAUAAAUUCUCCCUGCUAACUACAAUUUUCAAGGCUUUGGAUGAUCUAUACAUAUGUUUCGUGCAAAAUUUUCUUUUUUU